AUGGCUAAAACCCAAAACAAAUUAAAGAGGGACUCGUUUUUCUUUUACCAGAGAUUAACACGAGAGAGAGGAGUAGGGGAGAGCACUCUGCCGCCUCCUCGCCAGGAAAGGGGAACCACUGUUUGUCAUCGGUGUCCGUUCAAUGUCAAACUCCAAGGGAAGGUUCGUCUCGACGCCAAGAGCACAGAUCCGGCCUUGGUUUCGUCGAGAUACACCCCAAGCUUCACGAAGCGGUCGAACACCGUUCGGUUUUCCCACCCUCCGAUCUCCUCAUCCGACAGUUGGAUCGACUCUAUUUUGAAGUAUGUUGGUCCCUUAACCCGUGCGCAUCUACGAACAGUCCGGAUCUACUGUCCCAUCACUAGAGAUGCAGUCGUCGAAGAUCCGACGGAAAGGGGAACCACUGUUAGUCAUCGGUGUCCGUUCAAUGUCAAACUCCAAGGGAAGGUUCGUCUCGACGCCAAGAGCACAGAUCCGGCCUUGGUUUCGUCGAGAAACACCCCAAGUUUCACGAAGCGGUCAAAAACCGUUCGGUUUUCCCACCCUCCGAUCUCCUCAUCCGACAGUUGGAUCGACUCUAUUUUGAAGUAUGUUGGUCCCUUAACCCGUGCGCAUCUACGAACAGUCCGGAUCUACUGUCCGAUCACUAGAGUUACAGUCAUCGAAGAUCCGACGGUGGCCGGUGAAAAUGAUGGCUCGGGCGGCGACGGCGACAAUUACUAGGUCUAGGGUUAGGAUACCUAGGGCUUCAUUUGGGUUUAUGGGCUUAGGGUUUGAUGUUGUAUUGGGCUCUAUUGUAAUUGGGCUUGUGAUCUAAAAAAGGAAUAACAUAAUAAAUAUAAAUACCUAUAAUAUUAAUACAUUUAAUUAAAA